UAGGUAUAGAUAACAUAUUCAUUGUGCUUUGCGCUGCUGUACCGUUAUUAGUUAAGUAAAAUUACAUAAGUAGAAUUUCAAGUAGUAGCAAUUAGCUUAAAAUAUAUUCUAUGAUUCGCAAUUUCUUAGUUAUUACAUUUCACAGAUUAAUAAUAUAGUUUCUACCUAUUUUGUGCACCGGGAGGUUGCACAAAGGCGGAUGGCCGAAUGUCAUGAUUUUUAUAAAAAAGUAGUCUUUGCUCUCUAUAUUUUUAUUCUGUGGAUAAAAUCUGUAGUCUGUGAAAUGAAAAUGACAGGUCCGAUGUGAUUGGAUGUUACAAAAGGCGCCAUUUAUUGUAAGACCAAUAGGAACGUUUGGCGGCAAAACGAGAGAUUGGAGGGGUUGGUGGCGUGAGCAGUGUAAGAAGGGAGAAAAAAGAUGGAUCAUUCGGGGCAGGGGGAGGCAACUUUGUAUGGAGUCACUGCAGACUUUUCAUGGAAACAUUUAAAAUGAGACAAAGAGAUUCUUUGUCUCAUUCUUACUGUGACUACAGGCUUCAAAGGGCUAGAACCCAGAGCCGUAAAUCCAGUUUUAAAAAAGUUUUUUUGUACUUUAUACUUUAUCACUGUACGUGGUAUUUUUUUUUUACUGGUCACUGGUUUAAAAAUAAGAAAGUUUUCUUCCCGAAGUUUUCAUAUUUUUAGUGGUUUUUCAUGUGAUUUAGUGAUAAAGUGUUUCUAUUUUUCUCUCCCUGUUAGCUUGAGGAUACUCGCAGCAGUGUGAUUGAGACUAAUAGCAAAUUGAAGACAGUGACUUUUGUUAUUUUGAGUUUGUGACUCUUUUCUAGUUUGUUAGAUAUUUUAACAUGUCUGACAAAUAUAGAAAGUGUGUUAAGUGCGGUGCAUCAGCUUUUAAGGACCCAACGCUUACUUUCCAUUCUUUUCCAAGAGCCGGAAAGGCAUCUAGUUGUUCAAGGCUUCGAAUUUGGGCAGAAUAUUGUUUUGCAAAUGUAACUGAGAAAGAGUUGAAAGGCUUGCACGGAAGCCACAAGUUAUUGUGUAGUAAGCAUUUUCAUCGCAGUGCAUAUACAGAUGAUACAAUGAAAAAGUUAAACCGUAAUGCUGUACCAAAUGUGUCAAGUUCACCAGUCGAAACAUCCCAGCAACAUUUCGUUUCAGAGGAAUUGUCAGUGCCUCUACAACCCACUAUACCAAAUGUACCCAUCUUGUCUCAGCCACCAGAUACACCACAUAAAUAUUUAAGUCAAGUGAAUCCUUCUGUGCCUUCACAGUUAUCUGUACUGGAUGAGCCUAUAUUGGUUCUGCCAGAUCCAUCACCGCAAACUAUAAUUCUAAAGAGCCCUUCUGUGUCAAAAUCUAUACACCCAGAAAACCAACUUGGCAAGCAACAACUUAAAAAAUGCAAAAAAUAUCUGAAUAAAAUAUAUAGGCUGAAAAUGGCCUUGAAAAAAAAGAAAAAUGUUAAAGGAAAUAGAAAAUGCUUUUUAGAAGCUCUGACAAAAACUGAAUACUUAGAAAAAUUUAAUCAAUACUUAAAUCCAGCUUUUGGUGUGCUUCUACAGAGUCAAAUGACAAAUUCACGUAGGAAACUACAGGGCCGACGUUGGACUUUAAAUGAAAAAAUUUUAGCAUUAGCUAUUUAUAAAAAAUCUAGUGCCUGUUACAAAUUGCUGCGAAGAAUGAUGUGCUUGCCAAACCCAGGUACAUUAAAAUGCCUUUUAAACAGAGUAUAUUUACCAUGUGGAGUGAAUAAAAAAGUUAUGGCAAGUUUAAAAGAAAUUUCACAAGGUGAAGAAAAAAAAGAUAACUUAUGGGUUUUAUUAUUUGAUGAGAUGUCAAUACGAAAAAAUUUGAUUUAUAACCCAAAAACGGAUGCCAUUGAGGGGUACCAAGACCAUGGCUCUCAAGGUAGAAACCAGCAAAUGGCUUCACAUGCCUUAGUUUUCAUGUUAGUGGGACUGAGAAAAAGGUGGAAGCAACCCAUAGCCCACUUCUUCUCAGGAGACUCAGUGACGGCAGAUAGACUUCAAGCCAUUAUUAAAGAGGUAUUGGCUGAGUGUUUCUCACAUAACUUGGUUGUGGUUGCAACUGUUUGUGACAUGGAUGGAGUAAAUAUGAGGGCGUUAAAUGCGUUAGGAUCCACAGUUGAUAGACCUUUUUUCAUAUAUAAUGAAAAUGAAAUUGUAACCAUAAUGGAUCCUCCGCACCUAUUAAAAUGUUUUAGAAAUAAUUUUCUUAAACACAACAUAAAGUGUCCAGAUAAUUUUGCAACCAAUGCAGUAUCAGGAAUAGCAAAAUGGGAGCACAUUAAAGAGUUUUUUAAAAAUGACAAUAAUAAUCCGAAUUUUGUUUUUGCACCUGCACUCACAGACCAACAUAUACAUCCAAAUGGGAAACAAAAAAUGAAAGUAAAAUUAGCAGCGCAAGUGUUAAGCCACUCAGUUGCAGCUGGGAUUUUUGCAAAAGUAGCCAGAAAUGAAAUUUCACCUGAAGCAGUUGUUACAGCCACCUUAAUUAGUAAAAUGGACAACAUAUUUGACUCACUGAAUGCAGAUACUCCAGAUUUAAAAAGAGGAAAACGAUAUUUUACAAAUAUAACGAAAAAAAGUGAACAUUUACAGUUGUUUCAUGAUAUGAAAACACUGUUUCAAAAUAUUUGUUUCAUUGGGGUUCGCUGCGCUCCUCCUUCUGUCAAUGGUUGGAUCCGUACCAUUAGGGCUGUGGAAAGGCUUUGGCAUAACUUGCAAAAACUCAACAUUAAUGCGUUAGCUACCCGACGACUAAAUCAAGAUCCUCUAGAAAAUUUAUUUGGUUGCAUAAGAGGUCACUGCGGGUCUAACCCGAAUCCAAAUGUACCACAAUUUAUUGCAGGAUUGAAAACAAGUAUUGUCAAUAAUUUAAAAUAUAAAAGUAGCCUCAAAAAUUGUGAAGAAGAUGCAAACUCAUUGAUGACAAAUAUGACCACUUUCUUAAAAACAAACACAUAUACAUUGUCCACAAAUUCAAAUACAUUGUCAACAUCUAAUAAUAUUCCUGACGAUAAUACCAUUAUGCCAGACGCAGAGUCUGAUGAAAUGCAGGCAUGCGCAUAUGUGUGUGGGUUUAUUUUUAAAAAACUUAAAAACAAUACUUGUAAGUUUUGUAAAAAUAUAAUGAUUACUAAAAAUGUUGAACCCAUACAUAUAUUCACUACUUUUAAAGAAUAUAAUGACAAUAAAGAAAGUUUAAAUUAUAUGAAUAUUGCAUUUGUUGAAUGUGUAGAAACAUCUGCCAUAAUUAUUAACGAAUAUUUAGUAAAUCAUUCACAUACUUCAGAAUUAAAAAAGAAUAUCAAAAUAAAAUUAAAUGAGGUAAUUACAUUUAAUUGGUUAGAUGGAUGUCUGAAGCAUAAAAUAGAGAAUAUUGAUGACAUUAUUAAUUGUGUGUCAGCAAUAUGCAUCAAAAGAUUCUGCACAUUAAAAAAUAGAAUGUUUUCUGCAGAAGCAUCCAAAAAUGCGCUGCAUCGGAAAAUUAAAAUUCUUAAACAUGACUGAUAAAAUCAAUUAUUAACCUUCUUAUCAUGUGAGAUUCGUGCUUAGUAGUGAGCCGAAUAUGAGUUGUCAAUGUUAAUGAUGCAAAGAUAAUAAUUAAGAUUAACUAUAAUCUAUAUAGGUAACUCAUUAAUAGACCUAUGGUGAAUUUCUAGAGGAUCUAGAAUAAAUUAACUUUUCACAACCCUCAUGAUGCAUCCACUAAUGAUUAAAUAUCUUGAAAGAAGGGACAAGAGACCUUCCAUUGGUACAGGGGGCAAGCAAAUUCAUGGUAGGCCAAAGGCUAAUUGGAAGUGGCCCUUAAAAGCGUAGAUGUAGGCUGCCAAUCUGUCCUGGAUUAUGCUAAAGAAUACAGCCUUUGGCUUAAUUUAACCUGUUACUGUGAUUUUUUUUAUACAUGCUGUGAUUGCUGUGCUGAUCAUUAUGACUAUGUAAUAAAACACUUAAAAAAAAUAA